AACCCACGGACACAGGGACUGGACGCAGAGACACUUGGACUUUAUUAUAUAGGAUAAGAUAUUACAUAUUCAUAUAUUGCAUUAAGCAUCAAGCCAAUGGUAAACCCUGCAAAGGGAUCUGGAAGGAGUGGUUUCUGUUCUGAAGCCCAGGCAGGAGCGAAGGCCACGGUACUCCUCAAGGCAGCAACCACAAAGGGGGUUCCUACUUUAUGUGUGUCAUUAGGGGCCUGUUUGCCUUGAGUUGACCCCACAGAUAUACAGGUGGGCUGGCACUUAAAAUGGUUUUCCCAAUGCCUGGCCAAACCCUUCCUCUGUAAUCAAUAAAGUUGUGCCAAUAUUUGACCCAAGCAACGUGUCCCAUGUGUUUUUUCAAGAUGGUCAUGGGUGAUGGGGGCAUGUGACUCACACAAUGCCUCUCUACAAUCCCCACCCUCACAGUAAGGGUGUUGUUUCUUAACAUCACAAAAAUACUAAUUUCCUUGAGUGCAAUCUAAUGCACGAUGUGCUGUACUGCAGCUGAGGACUGUUAACGUACUUCCUUCAAAGUUGUGAAAUUGCAGGUGGAAUCAAACUGAACGUAGAGGAGUGGCCACAUUUCUUGGCGUCGAACUGGGGAAGGGUUACGUUUAGUUGAAAGAUAAGCCAAAGAAGAACCUUUGUACUUCUAGAAGUUCUGAAACGACACAGAGGAAGCAAAUACGGUGGAUUACAAAGUUCUACAUCAUGAGCACUGCAGGGAAAGUCAUUAAGUGCAAAGCUGCCGUUGUCUGGGAAGUCAAUAAACCAUUUAGUAUUGUGGAAAUAGAAGUUGCCCCACCUAAGGCACACGAAGUUCGUAUUAAGAUUUUGGCGUCUGGAGUCUGUCGCUCCGAUGACCAUGGGAUAAGUGGGGCAAUGCACGUAAAAUUCCCCAUUAUUCUUGGUCACGAGGCAGCUGGUGUUGUGGAGAGCGUUGGGGAAGGGGUUACCUGUGUGAAACCAGGAGACAAAGUCAUCCCACUCUUUGCCCCACAGUGUGGAGAAUGCAGCGCCUGCAAACAUCCCAGAGGCAAUCUGUGCAAAAUCCUUGGCGGCACUGGAUUAAUGCCCGAUGGCACCAGCAGGUUGACUUACAAAGGCCAGCAGAUCCACACCUUUGUCAGCACUGGAACCUUCACAGAAUACACCGUGGUGCAUGAGUCUGCGGUGGUCAAAAUUGAUGCUGCUGCUCCUCCAGAAAAAGUGUGUCUGAUUGGCUGUGGGUUUUCUACUGGCUAUGGUGCUGCCAUCAACAGUGCAAAGGUGGAGCCUGGUUCAACCUGUGCCGUUUUUGGUCUGGGAGGAGUUGGCCUCUCAACUGUCAUGGGCUGCAAAGCAGCUGGAGCUUCCCGAAUCAUCGGGGUCGACAUCAACAAGGAUAAAUUUCCCAAGGCUAAAGAGAUGGGAGCUACAGAGUGUGUCAACCCUCUGGAUUUCAAGGAGCCCAUCAAUGAAGUGCUGUUUGGCUUGACAGACGGUGAAGGUGUUGACUAUUCAUUUGAAGUGAUUGGGCGCACAGACACCAUGACUGCUGCCUUGGCUUCCUGCCACAUGAAUUAUGGGACCAGCGUGAUUGUCGGAGUGCCCCCUUCAGCUUCUGAAAUUACCUUCUCUCCAGCACUUAUCUUCACGGGUCGCACUUGGAAAGGAUCUAUAUUUGGAGGUUGGAAAAGCAAAGAUGCUGUUCCCAAGCUGGUUUCAGAUUUCAUGGAGGGGAAGUUUGUUCUUGAUCCACUAAUUACCCAUACCUUGCCUUUUGAUAAAAUCAACGAGGGCUUUGAACUGCUGCGUUCAGGAAAAAGUAUUCGCAGUGUCCUGGUAUUUUAAAGUCCAUGCUGAUGAGGAAGAAUACAAGACAAUGACCUUUGCAAGCUCAGAUCGCCACAUUGCCUAGUAGGAUGUACUGUAGGUGAAGAUGACUGGACUCUGCAAUGUCAACCCUGGCAAUGCUCAUUUAUCAACACGUAGGUCUACCCCAAGACCGUCACGUUUUUCCUCCAAAUGCAACAGAAGAAAAUUACCAUAAAGACAAUCUUACGUUGUGAUUCAAACUAUCAAUAUCCUGUUUAAUGAAGCAACAACACAAAUAAUUAUAAUCAUGUACUGUAUUUUAAAGGUGAGAGGGUGGGUAGUUUAGGCAGCUGUCUUAUAUAUAUUUGGGAUUAAGUCACACUGAACCCUGUGGAGUAUGCAUGCUGUAAAUCAGUAGCUCGAAAUCUCUUUACCGAAAUAAACUUCGUACCGUUUUACAUUGGCAAUAAGUAUAGGACAUAGAGGUUUCUUGGUGAUGCACAAAUGAUAACUAUUUCCUGAGAACUCUUUAAGGAAAAUUGCUGUAGUUUUUUGUGUGUUCUGAUAUGAAAAUCUGGCAAUGGCAAAAUAAUACAAGUUUUUGCUGCUUAAAUUCCAGGGUGGGUAUGGUUGGUGCCUUAUAUUGCAAGGAGUGGUGAACUGUAUGGAUUAUAUCGUGAACGCCUAAUAAAAAUAGUUAUGAAUUCCAAUGGACUUCCAUCAC